AUAACAUAUGCAAAAAUGGAUGUGCCACGCCAACUAGAGGAAAGGGAAAUGUAUAAAAUGCGACGGGUGUGGACAGCCCAUACAGUCGAUUUCAGUCUACAAAACAAGACAACUUCCAACCGGAGAAAAAUGUCGGCAAAGAUUGCAGUAUUUAUCCUGGCCUUGAUGGUCUGCAGUUUCGGAUUGAUCAGCGCAAAGUCUCUUGAGCCACGUGAUCAGUCUGAGAAGGUAUGGCGUUCGUCCGACAACGAAGAUAAUGAGAGAACAUGGUUCCUUUGGGUAAUGGGAGACAAGGACACAGGUGAUCAGUCUAAGAAGGCAUUGCGUUCGCCUGACAACAAAGAUACUGAGAAAUUUCUUAGGGCUGUGUAGGUUCUGUCGAAAGUGUUCAAGGGAAUAAACAAUUGUGAAAUAAUUAAAUACAUCAUGACGAAACAAAAAAUAAAAUUUGGUUCAGCAUGCAACAAUAUUAUUGAAGUCUUCUAAAAAUUAUUCCAAUUUCAAAUGAGCAAUUAUUUUUGUAAUUCUAACCAAUCUGAAAAGCAUCAUAUUCAGUUGAUGACAAAAAUCAUGUUAAAUUAUGGGGGCGUGGUUUUUUCUGUGAUGAAAGAAAUUGUUUAUCACAUAGAUAAUUGCAAUUAUUGUUCAAUUACAUAAAAGCAGCCGUAUUAACAACAGCACUAACAAAGUCUUGAAUUAUCAAAAAUAAUCGAAAUUGUCCAAUUCUCCAAAUUUGAUUAGUUGAAUAAUCAGACCUAUAACUUAUGUAUUCUGCAAAUUUUUAUUUAUUUUUUCGAUAUGCUUUGCAAUUUCUGAAUAAAUUUGAAAAAAAACAGAUAAGAAUUAUUCUGGAUUUCAACCUUUGUAACAAUUAUUGCGAUUG